AUGGAUGAAGAGUAUAAAGAGCUCAUAGAUAGCAUUCCAACGCCUCCAGUCAUUAUAUGUGAGAUAACUAACCAUGAUGAAGAUGAAAUUACAUUGUUUAACGAAAAUAUUAAUAACGUUUUUAGAGAAAUAAUAGAGAACGUCAAUAAUGAGAACUCAAUUAAUCAAAACGUACUUUGUCUAUAUGAUUUGAUGAAUGAAAAGAAGGGAAUUCUCAUUGAUUCAGAUUUUACCAAUGACAUAAUUCAAAUUUUAUUCGAAUAUAUUGUUCGUCUUGAAGUUCAUAUGCUGAAGGCACUUCAAAUCAUUGAAAUUUAUUCUGAAUUACCAGAACAAGCAGUUAAUUUAUUUUAUAAUGCGCCGUUUGAUCUGAUUUUAGAAAAUUUAUCUUAUGAGAAUCCAUUUUACAGCAUAACUGCACUAAAUAUACUCAGAAAUAUACUGUAUAAUGAAAAAUUAUACCCAGAAAUAGACAAUUUACAACCUUUUGUUCAUGCAUUGACGAUCGCACUGCAUACAAACAACAAAAAGCAGAUUGUUGUUGGAUCGCAAGUAUUUUAUCGAUUAUUACAGAAAAUUCACGAGCAAAAUCAAGAAUCUUCUUUUAUAGACGAAAUAUGGGACUCUGCAGGCUACGUAUUAGGUUCUCAGUUCGAAGGAAGUGAAAUGUACAUUGCCCAAAUCAUGGAUUUACUGUUACAUAAUGAAAAUUUUAUGAUUAAGUAUUUACAGGAAUAUACAGAGAUUCUUACUAAGCAUUACCAAUAUAAUCCGUUUCUUGUAGUUGUUUGUUCGCGUCUUAUCAAAUUAUAUCCAGAAUCACUGAAUUUCUUUAAUUUAGACGAAUUCCUACAUAAUCUAGAGCAAAUUGACGGACUACAAGAGCAACAGAGAAACAACCAAGUGCCCAUGACUCUUUUCUUCUUAAUCGAAGCUUUAGAACAUCCAAUUUGGGAAAUUUUGAGUCCUCAUGUCACUUUUUGGUUAAUUUAUUGCAUCAACAACAAUGAUUCCUUUGAUUUCAAAGGGAAAUUAUAUUCCACACAAUUUGUCGCAUCCGCUUUAGUCAUUUCUCCACAAAUUGUUUUUGAUAAUAAUAUUGUCGGAGAUGUCAUAGCUUUUCUUGAUGAUGUGUUCGAUGAAACAACUGUAGCAACAUCGUAUAAUAGUAAAAUCAUAGAUGCAGUCAGAUCUUUGUACUUUUGUUCGAUCAAAAUACCAGAAAUUGCAAAUGAAAUCAAGUAUAGCGAUUUAGUAACAAGAAUAUUGGAAUACACAUACGAAGAUGAUGAUUGUUAUACUAAAUUUGAAGAUUUUCUACAUAUUAUGUCAGAAGAUAGAGAAUAA